GGGUAUUCGUUUAAACGUGUAAUGUUACCCAUCGCAUAAAUUUAUGCAAAUACGCAGUGUGUUACAUGAACGCACUUCAAAUUCUUUGUGUAAAUGCCACUUAUUUAUGUAUUAAACAGCUGUUUGGGUGUCAAAAUAUUAAAAUGCCGAAAGUUAGCGAAAAAGCAAAAUUUAUUCAACUUUGCGAAAAAUCACUAGUAUUUGAUUUGUUAAUGUUGGAGCUGUUUGGAAAACAUGACGGUAAUUGUUUUGCGUCAAUGCUACAUUUUUUAAAGGCGCAUAUAUACAUAAAUAUAUAAAUGAUUUCAGAAAUCCAACGCAAAAAGGAAGAUGAAAUUAUGGAAGACUUUAGCUUUGCAUUGGCAGCUGCUGCAUAUUUUAGAUAUGGAUCUACAUUUGUUCAUCAUUCUGUCCCAAAAUCACCCAACUUUUUAAUAGAUGUAUUACCGCAUUUGGAUGAAAACAGGUUUCGAGAAAUUGUGCGAGUCAGCAAAACCACAUUUGAUUUUAUCAUUGAUCUGAUAAAGGAUGACGAAGUGUUCAAUGGUCCACGUUCAUGUAAACAGUUUCCUAUCCAAAUUCAAUUGGCUGUAGUAAUGUACCGACUGGGUUCAUGUGGAGAAGGAGCAACAAUUACUAAAAUUGCUAGUUUGUUUGGUAUUAGCGAUGGUGGAGUAAUACAGGUCAUGACCAACAGGGUAUUUGAUGCAAUUAUUAAAAGGAAAACUCAGUUUCUGUUUUGGCCGGACCCUGUAGAGCGUAGAGCUUUAGUUGUUCAAACACUCAGUGAGCUACCACAUUGUGUUGGCUACGUAGAUGGAACGGAGAUAAAAUUGGCGGAAAAACCCACUGUAGAUUGCGAAGCAUAUUUUUCUCGCAAGCAUAUAUAUUCACUUAAGGCUCAAUGUGUGUGUGACCACAAACUAGUAAUUCGUCAUAUGGUAUUGGGGUAUCCCGGUAGUGUUCACGACGCUAGGAUAUACAACAAUUGCGAGCUAUCCACAAACGCCACUGAAAUGCUAACAGGAUCAGAGUGGUUAGCUGCAGACAGUGCAUAUAAAUUAACUUCGACCCUUAUUACUCCUUUUAGAAUAAAGAUCUUUUAA